CGACAGUUCCCUGGACAACAGCACCUUUAUACGCCUCCAUUCGCGAUGGCUGUGUCGCAGGUGGAAAUCGAGUCACUGUUCCUUGCUGCUUUUGGUGAAUGACUAUACUGGCGCCGCCCAAACGAACCCAGUUCCCAGCACCGCACUGGGAGUGCUCCUUCUAUUUACCGCCGCUUUGCUGGCAUACACAGGUAAACACUCCACAUAGUGCCGAAUCAGCUGUGGCCAAGUCCGAAAGCAGUGGAUAAAACAUUUCUCUGUUAUUAUAUCACUGAUAAUUGUUAUUUUUGUUGUCACUCUUUUAUGAUUUAAUUUUAACGUAGUUUUAGGCCAUGUUUAUUAAAUGUCUGAUACACUAUCGAUAUAGGAAGAAGAAUUUCUCAUUGUCUGCAAUCGUAAUUGUUUACAAUUUUUCUUUUGUCGACAGGAGUACGGCACAGUCUCUCCCAGACACCUCUGUAUGUCUGUCUAUCUCUGACAAUUUCUGCCUUCUGGUGGGGUUUAGGCAUAGUAAACAUCCUGGUUGGGGAGGGGCUGACAGACAGCAGGACCUCCAUGGUGCCAGGACUGGCUGCUUUCACACUGGCACUGCUGGUCAUAGGUGUGGUGGGGGUUCUCCAGAAGGAGGUGGUCCUCUCCGUCUUCGCCUUUGCCAUCAGCCUGGCCUGCGCUCACCAGAUCGCCGGCCUGUGCGACAUUGCUUUCGGCCAGGGCGCCACUGCGGCGAACUACCUGCUCGUCACCUUCUUGGGGGCCUAUUUCGGGAGCGGCCGGCUGCUCUCCUACAUCACAAGUGGUAAGGUGCAGCUACCUGGGACAGCGGUGGAGAAGAGGAAGAGUGCGGUGGGAGCAGCGCAGGCCCAGAUGCUGAAUGACGUGGCCCCCGUGGGGCUGAUCAUGAACCUGUUGUCGGCCAGCGUGCUGGCAUGCCGCCUCCUGGGGGUGGUGCUGGAGCUCCCAGCUGGCCUCGUGCCCUGGCUGUGGACAGCAGGUGUCUUCCAGCUGGGUGUUUGCAUCCUGUCCUACCGCGCCAUGGACACUCUGACUGCCACCUUCUACGGCUUUACAUCCAUACUGAGGUUCGCCGAAGGGUACAACCUGCUGCUCGGACUCUACGGCUACGAGCCAUAUUCGCCGGUGCCCUUCCCUGUCAUCUUCGCCGUGCUGUUCUCGGUGCUGGCCGUGUUCAGCUUGCAGAAGAGCGUGGCGGACGGCCUGUACCAGCUCUUGUUCGCUGCGUACUGCAUCGCCAUUUCCGCCCAGCCACGUGGCUUCUUCCAGGGCGGCACGCAAGGGGUGCAGGCGGCCAUCUUUGUGGCGUCUGCUGUGAUGCUGCUGGUCACCUUGCACAACAUGGUUUCUCCGCGAAAGGUGCCGACGGGGGAUGGCAUGCUGAAAACCUUGCUCACGCGCACCAGCUGGCUGGUUCUGCGAUCCAGCGAUGAGGACCUGCACGCCCCCUACCUGGGCUUCUCCAAGUAUGCUGAUGCGGACAUUUUGGGCCAUGCCUGCAGCACCUUGGCGACUUUUGCCGUCACGGCCGCUGUGCGCGCUGAAGGUCCCCUGGCCGUGCUGAUCCUGCCUUGGGCUGUGGUCCCAGGUGGUAUUCUUCAGUUGCUGUGUGGUGCAGUGGCCUUCUCCCGUGGGAAGACGCUUGAAAGCACCGCCUUCAUCCUGUAUGGCGUGAUGUGGACGGUGUGGGGCCUGACGCGAUACGGCGGGCUCUACGGUAACACCCGAAGCUUCAACUUAGCAGUGGGAAUCAUCUGCUUCAUGCUUUUCAACUGCUUUGUGACUGCCGGAGCUCUUUUCCUCAACAAGGCCUGGGUCGUGAGUUCGCUUGUCUUCCAGCUCAUUCUCAUCAGCUUCCUGUUGGACGCGGUGGGCGCACUGCCCUACGGCUACGACAUCGGUGUCACCAUCGUCUUCGGGCUGGUGAGCUUUUACUGCUUCCUGGCUUGCCUCUUCAACAGCAGCUUCCAGAAGCCACAGUUGCCCCUCGGUGAUCCCUUUAUCAAGCUGCGUGGCUUUGGUGGGGGCAGAGAUAGCUGUCCCCAUGUACCUGCCCGGAAGGCUACAUCCAUCCAGCAGAUUGCAGAUAUCAUGAACAAUGGUGGCAUCUGUGGCAUGCCUACUGAUACUGUCUACGUGCUCGUGGCAGCUUGCAACCGGCCUGAUGCAGUACUAAAAGCAUACAAGACCAAGGUACAAGCCGAGGACAGGCCCAUGUCUUUGUGGAUCUCCAACAUAAAGCAGCUAACACCAGCCAAACAUCUGAUCAGCCCAGUGCUCUGGGACUUCAUGGAGGCUGCCUGGCCUUCUUCGAUUAGCAUGGUCAUCCCUAGAGGUCCCUGGAUGGAUCAUUUUGGUUUGGGAGAUUCGGCAAAAUACAUUGGCACCCCACAAAGCAUAGCUCUCCGAAACCCUGACUGCACCGUGGCCACACACCUCAUGGACUUGGUGGGACCUAUUGCUGUAACAUCAGCCAACCCUACAGGAGAAGCUGACACAACACAUCACAACCAGGUUUACGCAAAGCUAGGGGACAAGGUCAAUGGAGUGCUCUGCGAUGGUCCUUCCCCAGAGAACAUUGCUUCCACGGUCGUAGACUGCACCAAGAUCGAGAAUGGACAAAUAGGUUUCUUCAGAGUGGGCGUUAUGCCCAAGUCAAAGGUGCUGCAGAUCUUUGAGGAGGUUCAGAGGAAACACAAACUGGGUCAGUUCAACCCCAGCUUUGAAGCCGACGCCACUGAACCAAAGGAGGAGAAGGAUGAGGCAGAUACAGCUCAGGAUAAGGAAGCAGCCACACCAACAAACCAAUGAAGCCAACAGCCAGACUGAGCUGAUCUCCAUCAAUGAGGAGGAAGAUUCCUUAUAGCUCAGGCCCCUAACUGCCAAAGUUGUCAAAAGCACUUUAAUUACAGGAAAGUUUAUGCUCAGCAGUAGAUAUAUUUGGAAUCACCCUGUCAAUUCAAUUACCCAGUUUCGUAUUUGUGCUGUAAUCAUUUUUGGAAUAUAUGAUAUACUUUAGACAGUUCAUAGCAAAUUUAUAUGUUGUAUGAUACCUUAAAGUAUUUAUAGAUAUAAAAUAUUUAUUAAGCAAUGAAUUUGUAGUUAUACUUCGUACCAAAGCUAUUAUAUUUUUAUGAAAUACCAUAAGGCUGCAAUACACUAGACUCACUAGACCACAGACAGGUGUCACUGCUAGUGGAAUAUUUAAAUGUUGCAUCUAUUUAAAUUUAUGGGUAAAAAUAACCCUUUACAGGAUAAGAUGUUGGAUGGUAAACAGUGAAUGGAUGGAUGGAUGGAUGGAUGGAUGGAUGAAGUAAAACAGUUUUACCACCUUCCAUCUUCAGUAUGCCAUUAUCUGUUUUUGUUGACAUUUGUUGUGGGGCCAUGCAGCAUUGUACCAUUGGUCAGACAAAAUUUAAUCACAGCUGAUAGCCUGAAAAAUACAGUAUAUCAAUGUAUUUUGACACAUGGUAUACAUUCCAAAUGUGGAACAGCCCAGCAUUAACCAGACCCAGUGGUGAACAGUGAUUUUAAAGAUUUCCAGGAACACUUAGAUGGUACUCAUGUGAGAGCAAUGCAGAGGUAUGUGAUACUAUAGUACAGACAGUGUAAUGAUUGUACAGAAGCCUUGAUUAGAGGGUGAGGGCUAUUGAUGCAGGUAGCAUGAGGGUUCAAGUCUCCAAACAGGUUGCCCUCAAUGGAGAAUCAACAUAAUCAUUAUUUUUGUGCAAUUUCAAGGAGACCAAAAAAGCUAUUGAUUAAUGACUAUUAAUGCUUUUGGGUAACGUCUUGUGGGGAUGAAUUUAACAAUGACACACUGCACUCCAAUAAUUAAAGUUCUGAAUGGCUUUGGGGAA